GUCCACCUGGUUUCCUGUGUUGAGAAGAUGUUUUAUAAAACGAUACACUUAUAGGAAGACAAUCCGACUGAUUUAAAUGAUCGGACAGUCCAUCCUUUUAUAGUUUUUCUCUCACUCUACCCCAUAAAACUUCCUUAAUUUCUUCUUAAGCUAUUUUACGCUCCUUUUACUUCUUAUUUUGUUUCUCCGCCAAAAUGCAGAACGACUUGAGGUUAGCCGUAGUAUGUUCCAGUAAUCAAAACAGAAGUAUGGAAGCGCAUAGCUGUCUUAGUAAAAAGGGGUUCAAAGUACGAUCAUUUGGAACUGGUAGCCAAGUGAAGUUACCAGGGCCUUCACCAGACAAACCAAACGUCUACGAUUUCAAUACAACAUACGAUGAGAUGUACAAAGAUCUGCUGAGGCGAGACAGGGAACUAUAUACUCAAAAUGGGAUACUUCACAUGCUGGAUCGAAAUCGAAGAAUUAAACAAAGACCUGAGCGAUACCAAAACAAUAGAGAUCGCUUUGAUGUGAUUUUUACCUGUGAAGAAAGGGUUUUUGAUCAAGUUGUAGAAGAUAUGGAGAAACGAUUGAAGGAAGAAAAUCAAUCUGUCCACAUCAUUAACAUUGAAAUACAAGAUAACCAUGAAGAUGCCACCUUAGGCGCUUUUAUUAUCCUUGAUAUAUGCUCUUUGUUGGCAGCCUGUGAUGAUAUAGACAAUGAUAUAGAUGACAUCCUGCAAGAGUUUGAAGGCCGGUCCCACAGGCCCAUCCUACACACUGUGGUGUUUUACUGACUGUCCACUGGUGGACACUUCCACUUAAUCUAUCAUCUCGGGGAUAUGGUUUGAAAAGAGACACAUUUUCUCACAUCAGCAAGGCUGUGCUUCUGUAUGCUGACGGAGGGAUACUGUGCAGAUAGCUUUGACUUUAGGGGAGGACUGAGAUGUGUGUGAUUUGGGACAGGGCAUGAUGUCAUGUUGUUUGAUCAGGCAAGACAGAACAUACCCCAAGGGGCUACAUGUACAUAUGGAUUACACGGGAUGAUGGUUGUAUGACCUAUGAUCUAAUGGUACAUGCGGUCUUAAACGGGUUGUAGGUACACAGUACUGCUGAAUAGAAUUGUUACACUUGAGUGGGAGAACCCCUGAGGCUAUGUAAAGAGAGAUUGCCAAACGGUAGAAAAUUUGAGGUUCCAGCACAUUUUUGUCACUGAGUGCCUGUGAUUUCAUAUUAUACACAGGCUACCACCGAUAAUUAGGACUAAGGAAUCCUGCGAGAAUGGAGGAGUCAGGUUAGGUGUGACUGCAGGCAUUUUUCUGGGUUUGAGAUCUAUUUCUGAAAACCUGGUUGAGACCUGGAUUUAAGAUCUGUUUCACUCUUCCCAGCUCUGCAGUUUACUAACCUGAAACUCUUUCGAGAGUGUUGUCCUCAUUAAAUCAAAACUGUGCAUUACAAAAACAGUUUCCUUCCGUCCUGCGGUAAUUCUGACUUCGUAUCAUUUACUUAACCUUGGAUACUAUAGACCAUAACAUCA